AUGCUUCUCCAAACGCUAGCCAGCUUAGAUCAAGCUCGGGCUCUACCCCAAGUUCAAGCCUCAACUUCCACAGCGGCCAGCAAUCCCGGCAUCCUCAAGCCACACGCCACGGAGACGGAGGCAAAGCCGAAAGCCCAGUCAUGGAGCCACCGGCUCGAGGCCCGUAUGCCGUCCAAACUCAAGGCGGCCGCGGCUACCCUCAAGUCGUCAAACAUGAUUAGCUUGGGGACUGGGCGGCCGAAUCCGAAGUACUUUCCUUGGGACUCGCUCACAGCUCAUGGGAAGAGGCAUCAGGGUAACGGUGCUUUUGGAGAUGACACUGCGCCGGCGUCUUGCUCUGCGGGAGACAAGGACUUUGACCUGUCUAAGGCUCUGAACUACGGCGAUGCAGCUGGGCAUGCUCAGCUUAUCCGCUUCGUCACUGAGCAUGUUGGCCUGAUCCACAAGCCUCAGUAUGAAGACUGGCGAACUUGUCUGACUUGCGGGACAACUUCUGCCCUUGACAUUAUCUUCCGCAUGUUCGUCAAGCCCGGCGAUUCAUUACUUUUUGAAAGUCUGACCUACCCGCCUACUAUUGAGAUUGCAGAAGCGCAGAAGUUCAAUCCUGUCGGAAUCACCAUGGACACAGAGGGCCUUAUACCCGCGGAACUCGAUAGAGUCUUGAGCACUUGGGACGAGGCCAUGGGACCGAAACCAUUUGUCUUAUACACGAUCCCUUCCGGACACAAUCCCACGGGGGUGACGCAGUCUACCGAGCGCCGCAAGGCCAUCUACGAAGUCGCCGGGAAGCACGAUCUUCUAAUCAUCGAAGACGACCCGUACUUUUACCUGCAACUGGAGAACGACUCCAGUACCCAGCUCACAGCCGAGAAGUACUUGGAAAAUCUGCCCACUUCAUAUCUGUCCCUCGACAGAACAGGCCGCGUCAUCCGCCUCGACUCGACCUCCAAGAUCCUAGCCCCGGGGCUCCGUAUUGGCUGGCUGACCGCCAGCGCCGAGAUAGUCCGCAUCUUCGUAGCCAACACGGAGAUCAGCUCCGCUUUCCCAGCCGGACCGUCUCAAGUCAUGAUGUACAAGCUCCUCGCCGAGUCGUGGGGACAUCGGGGUUUCUUUGACUGGCUGAGCCAUAUCUCUUUGGAGUACAGCCGCCGACGUGACAUUCUCGUUAAGGCGUGCGAGAAGCAUCUUCCGCCGGAUGUCUGCGACUGGGCCGUUCCCACGUUUGGCAUGUUCUUGUUGGUACGGCUGGAUGUGUCGAAGCAUCCUGCCGUGAGGUCAUUGGAGUUCCUUGAAACGGAUACUAUCCUCAAUAUCGAGGACAAGAUUUACAAGAAGUCCAGCGUGAAUGGGGUGUUGGUGACGAAGGGCAGCUGGUUCGCGGCGAAGACGGAGAAUGAGAUUGAGCGCAUGAAGCAGCGGAUCUAUCAGACGACAGCAGCCAAUUGGCGGCGAUACCGUCGCCCGCCUCGCACCGUACAUCGUGACAUCGACCCCACGCCGCUAUGUCCCGGGGCUCACUUUCCACCUCUCCCCCCGAAGUUGCCGCGACCUGAGUAUUCCUUCACGGCGAAUCUGAUCAGUGUUGACGACGAAGACGAAGUCCAUUUCCACGUGGCCUGCGAACAAGGCCUCCUCGAUCGCGUACUCACCUUCAUCCGCGAAAGAGAGCCGAGCGAGGCAGUCUUGCAGUUCGGCUUCGCACAAGCUUCCUGGGGGAACCAGCCGGCCGUCGCCCGGUGUCUACUCGAGCGCGGCACUCUCCUCCACAAUAACGUGUUUGCCCAGGCCGAGGGAUAUGGCACGAUAUUUGACGAGUCUGAGCCAGCAAAAGACCUCGUGCCCCUCAUUCAGGUCUACCUCGAUUGGGGCUGGCACCCGAACCAGGCUUGGUGUUAUCCGUUUACAGAUGAAGGCCGGACACCGCUCGUGUUCAAGGGGUGCCUGGCUAAUAGGCCGCUCGUCGAGCUGCUCUUGAAGCACGGGGCAAACCCAGACAUUGGGGUAAAGUCCCUAGGAGCAAACGCAGAUAUGCUGCCUUUAAAAAGCACAGGGGGCGAUGCUGUCGAUUUUGCGGCCCAGUUGGGAGACACCGCCCUCGUCGACCUCCUCUUGGCUUCGGGCGCCGAGCCGCGGAUCACGAAGCCAUUCAUCAGCCUCGUCUCGUACCAGAGAGAAUAUUACCUCAAGAGCGCUUGGGGAUGUGUGCCGUUUUCCCAGCGCCGGCCGAUGGCGGAACAUGUUCUCGCCAAGGGCGUCGUCGGUGUCAACGACGUGAAGUGGGUACCGCACCGACAGGGCGGCAUUUGUCACCAGGAGGGGACUGGUUAUGACACUACAGCGUUUGCGCACGCUUGCGCGGCGCUAGACUGGGAAUAUGCGGAGUGGUUGCUAGAGAAGGGCGCCGACCCUGAGUUGCUUGACGGCCUAGCGCUCAGCAAACAAUGUUGGAUAAUUGGGCUUACUGAACCGAACGAUCCCGAGACUGUGAGAAAGCUGGUGGACAAAGUCAAAAACGAGCAUUUGGUUGCCCAGUGA